UUUUCGCCAAAUUGUUCUUUCGGUCUUUUGAUUCGUCGGCAGAAUUUGAUAUGUUUUCGCAUUCCAUUCGAUUGUUCUCUUUUGUUGUUGAUUGGGAAGAGUGCCGAUGAUCUGAUUCUGUUCCGUGAUUGCUGAUAUCGCGAGAGACCGAGUAAAAAGCCAUGAGCAAGCAACCAUUGAUAUAUAGCUUCGUUGCAAAAGGCACAGUUGUGUUGGCGGAACACACUUCUUUUUCGGGAAAUUUCAGUACCAUUGCGAUCCAGUGCCUGCAGAAGCUGCCUCCCAAUAAUAACAAGUUCACGUACUCGUGUGAUGGCCAUACCUUCAACUUCCUAGUUGACAGAGGAUUUAUAUUUCUUGUUGUUGCUGAUGAAGCUGUUGGGAGGAGUAUGCCAUUUGUAUUUCUUGAGCGGAUUCGGGAUGACUUUAUGCGCCGAUAUCAAUCGAGCAUUAAUGCUGAUGGUUCUCAUCCGCUGAUUGAUGAUGAUGAUGAUGAUCUUUUUGAAGAUAGAUUCAGCAUAGCUUACAAUCUGGACAGGGAAUUUGGUCCAAAGCUAAAAGAGCACAUGCAAUAUUGCAUUAGCAACCCUGAAGAAAUGAGCAGAUUGUCCAAACUGAAGGCUCAGAUUACGGAAGUUAAAGGAAUAAUGAUGGAUAAUAUUGAGAAGGUUCUCGAUCGCGGGGAGAAGAUUGAACUUCUGGUUGAUAAGACUGAAAGCUUACAGUUUCAGGCCGAUAGCUUCCAGAGGCAGGGAAGGCAGCUUCGGCGAAAAAUGUGGCUUCAGAACCUUAGACUCAAGCUGAUUGUAGCAGGUGUUCUCAUUUUUGUCUUACUUCUUGUUUGGUUGAUUGCCUGCGGAGGGUUCAAAUGCACUAAUUAAUUGAGAGAACAGCUUAUGGCUCUAGCAGUUUCCUUUUUACGUCAUCCUUCAAUUCUGUAAAAAAUUGAAAUUGUCUUCUUGGGGGCAUUCAACUGAAAACAAAAAUGCUUACAAUAUUAAGUAUAUUAUGUACAGCUGCUUAUUUGAACUGAAAUG